UCUGGAACGGAAUAAACCUGUCAAACUGUGACGGAACUGUUUUCUUCUUGAUACCUGACCUUUAGUGAUCGUUGAUUCCUGUUAGUGUUUGAUCGUACCAAGAGCUUAACAUGCCGUUCAUGCCGGUGAAGUUCAACCUGCAGAAGCGGGUGAAGCUGGCUCAGGGUCUGUGGAUGAUCUACUGGCUCUCGGUCAUCGUGGGGAUCUUCCUCUUCAGCCUCGGCAUCUUCUUCAAGAUCGAGCUGCGGAAGAGGAGCGAGAUGAUGGACAACAACGAGAGCCACUUAGUGCCCAACCUGCUGAUCCUGAUGGGCUUGUUGGCCUGCGGGGUCAACGCCUUCGGAGGAAAGGUGUGCCAUGACUCUCUGGACCCCAUCAAGUUCGCCAAGUGGAAGCCGAUGCUGAGGACGUACCUGAUGCUGUGCUGCGGCUUCAACGCGCUGCUGCUGCUGACGGCGCUGCUCUGCUUCCUCAUGCAGUUCGCCGUGUACCUGACGCUGGCCGAGGGCCUGAAGAACAGCAUCAAGUUCUACAAGGACACGGACACGCCGGGACGCUGCUUCAUGAAGAGGACUCUGGACAUGACGCAGAUCGAGUUCCGCUGCUGCGGCAACAACAACUUCAGGGACUGGUUCGAGGUGCAGUGGAUCAGCAACCGCUACCUGGACAUGAGCAACGACCUGGUCAAAGAUCGUGUCCUCAGUAACGUGGAGGGGAAGUACCUGAUGGACAGCGUCCCUUUCAGCUGCUGUAACCCCGGGUCCCCGCGGCCCUGCAUCCAGCAUCACCUGACCAAUAACUCUGCCCACUACGACUACGACCACCGCAUCGAGGAGCUCAACAUCUGGACCCGGGGCUGCCGCGAGGCCCUCUUCUCCUACUUCAGUGGCAUGAUGAACAGCAUCGGGGCGUUCCUCAUCGUCACCAUCAUCCUGGAGUCCGUGGACAUGGCGGGGUUAAAGUACCUCAGCACGGCUCUGGAGUCGAUGGAGGACCCAGAGAACCCAGAGUGCGAGAGCGACGGCUGGCUGCUGGAGAAAGGCGUGAAGGAGACGUUCGGCGAGCUGCUCACCAAGCUGAAGACGCUGGGGAAGACCAACCAGGUGGAUGAGGGCGGGGACGCACAGGAGGCCGCUACCUGAGAGCCCCGCCCAGUACGCUGCCACUAAGGACUGAGGUCUCCCCCCUCCCCCCCUCCCAGCUGCCUCUCCAGAUAACAGGGAGCGGGAGAGGAGAGGUCGUCUCCACCGUCUGUACAUACGCCAUCGUACACGUGAAGAACACACACACACACACACACACACACACACACACACACACACACACGUGUGAUUUAAACUGCAUGUUGAUUUUUUUCCAUUCUGUAAAUACGUUGAACAGAGUUUAUUUUUAAACAGGAGGAAACCUGCUGCUGUAAAUAAAACAUCUGGCUCGGGAUUUAAAAUAAUAAUUAAAUUAAAUUAACCCCCCCAAUUAAUGCUUCCUGUCAGCCACAACCAGGCCUGACUGCCAGUCGUUACCGGAGCCCGACCGAUACGUCACACCGCUGAUAGCAGCUUGUCACAAUCUGAGAGUUCCACAGUUUGUCCAGCAGAGAGCGUGUUUUAUAAAUCCGAGGGAUUCUUGCCAAACAUGUUUGUGUCGGUGAAUGUUUCAUGAUCAGUUAUUUUUAUUCUGGUAUUUGUGUCUCAGACAUCGAGUAUCGGUCGGACUCUGGUGUUAACCAUCGCCGUGUGACCUCUGACCCAGUUGGUUUACAUGGAAACAGACGGCCGAACAUCCGGGAAAAACUAGGAGUGCUGAUUGCUCCCACCGCUGGUCAGAAGUGAUACUACAACAUACAAGGGUAUAGAUACAGGUAUAUACGA